AUAGAAACCGAUCAAUGCGCAUGCUUCGUGGGAAACCAACUUGAAAUAACAUCAUCAAAGACGAUUUAAUAUGACGUUAUCGAAUUUUAAAUUAAUUUAUUUUCUCAAGAGAAGAGGACGCUCAGAUUGAGUUUGAAUUAUUAAGAUCAACUGCUUUUCUAUUAACCACCUGCUGAUCACAUGUAGUUUUCACUUGUUACAUUUUAUAUAUGGCGAAGUUAUGAAGUAUGACAUCUCCUUUAUUAAUUCUCAUCUGCAGUGCCGUUUCAACUGGUGGCCUUGCUUCAUUCCUGUUGUUGCUGGUAUUUGGAAUUAACAGAUGGGAAGAAUUAGGUUACGACUCUGCUGUACUGUCGAAAUAUGUGAACGCAACUUCAAAUAUUCAAGUAGUUCUUUCUACUAAUCCGAAAUGGUUUUCAGAAUUUCGAGUUCAGUCUGGAAGUGAAUGGACAACAUAUUAUAUUUACAAUGAGCACAACGAUGUAUGGAAACAAUGCGAUGAUUUAUCAGAUGCUGCUAGGACAGAAUUAGCCAAACGGAAUGCAACAAAAAAGAAUUGCUACAAUUUUGUAGUGGAAUAUGACGAAGAAUCAGACACAGAACUGACUUCAGAUGGAAAAGCAUUAGCAAGGUUGCAGAAUUCAGCAGCAUCAUGCUUCAUUGUCAGUAUAAUAGAUCUUGUGGUAGCUGCUGGGGUAGGGAUCUUUGCCGUGAUUACAAAACAAGUGACAGCUUUUAUGGUGACUGGGGUAUUGUACUCAAUGGCAGGUUUAUUCACAAUAUUCGGUCUAGCUAUAUUUCAUACUAAGAACUUCUAUGAAAUAUCAGAGUGUCAUACUAUCAGAUUUUAUCCGUCCUCUACAUGUGAAGCCAGAACUGUGACAAUGCUUUGGCCAGCUCCCGUAGCCUGGUGUGGAGUAAUAGUCUGCUUUAUAGCAUGUUUUCUCUGGCUUUUCCUAACAAGAGCCUUACGAGUUAUAAAAGCUAAAACAAUGUUGUAAUAUAUUAAUGUUAUUGUUAUGUUGUUGGCCAAUAAAAGUUGAUUUUAA